AUGAGGGAUUUAGAGACCCACGUGCAGCGGCUCAAGUCCGAGCUCCACGACUGCGCUGCGCUGAUCCAGGACCCAAAGAAACUGAAGGACUGUGUUCAAAGUAUCUACGACCGAUAUGUGCAGCCCACGGACAUGGUGGAGACCAGGAGCCAGGAACAGGAGAUCCAGCAGGUGUUCAGUCUGCACCGGGGUCAUCUGGAGAGGACUGUGGAGAGUUUAAAACGAAGACUGACCAAGUCCACGGAGGAGCAUGAGAAAACCUACACUAAACUCAUGAAGGAAAACGUGUCGUUGAUCCGAGAAAUCAAUGAACUCCGGAGACAGAUCCUCGUCGAGAAGUCCAGGGCUAAAAAGACCAGGAAGUCCAGGUCCAGACCAGGAUCAGGACCAUCAGAGUCUCCCUCAUGUGAACAUCCUAUUCUCAACGUUUCACAAGAAUAA